AUGUCAGAAGGGUGUUUGGUUCUUACUCUUUCAACGUCGGAUAUCUACAAUGUGGCAAAGAAGAAAAUCUGCGGUUUUGAAUGGCAAGCUGAAGCUAUGGUAGACGAAGAGUUUCUGGACAUUUUCCUAUGGUGUAACCGUGAAAUUGAAGGGAACUUAUGGCGAUGUAACGCGAGGGUAACGAUUAUUGCUUUAGGCGUCAAUGGUGCUUCGGAUGCUAUUCGUAAGCAAGUCACUACAUUUCACACAAGUAAUCGUUCCAUGAAGUAUACAAUUCUUCGCAACGAGCUGAGCAUGGGUGACAUUGAAAUUAGACUAGAACUAUACGAUAUUUCUGGCUAUCGAGAUUAUUCUAUGUUUACUAUUGAUUUCACGAAGCCCUCGCCCUUAACCGAUCUUUGCAUUGGGUUUCAGGAUAGCGACGUAAGAGUUUAUGUGAAUACUCAGUAUCUUUCAAUACACUCCGCAAAAUUCGCUCACUUAUUCGUGCGGAUAAAACCUGGCUGUGCAGAGAAACCUUUUCCAACUACAGAAAACAAAUCUGAGUUCGGAACUUGUAGCGAUUAUGACGUAUUAAGUAUGAAGAGUGAAGGAGAAACGGUGAAACUGGACAGUGAUGAAGAAAUGUUCCGAGCAAGAACACAGGACGUCGAUAACAUGUGUUUCCUCCUUCCGAGUGAUGAUGCAGCAGGAUCUUCACCAGCUACUGGUCUAGAAGGCAAUGUUUUAAUUUUAAAGGAUGUUGGACCUGGUGAAUUCUUGGUGCUUUUGAAAGCCAUUUACCCUCCAUUUGCAGCAAUAACGAAAGAAAAUCUGCAACCUCUUCUUGCGAUGUCUUUUCGUUUUGGUGUCGAGCAUAUGCUAUGGAAAGGUGAACGGUAUCUGAUGACUAAAGAAGCGCAGCAGUCGUUCGAUGUGUUUGAGAGACUUGAAUUCGCAACACUUUUCAAUAUGGCUGCUCUUCAGUCAGACUGUCUUUCCAAAUUACUGACAGCUAAUGAUGUCCGCCAAGUGUUAGAUGAUCCCAGAAUAGAAUGUGCCCCUAAACAAGUUCGAUCAGUUUUACUAGAAGCAUUGCUUCAGCGCUUCCGAGCGGAUUCGGUUACUCAAGAAGGUAAUGAGUCGGCAGCUGUCGCCAAAGGUCACGUUUGUAAUUUGUUCAAAUCAGUUAGAGCCGCAAAAGAAACGAUCGCUCCUCUUUCUGCGGAAGUAAAGGUGGAACAGAAGUCGACUGACAUCGCAGAGAUUGCAUCACUACGGGAAGAAUUGAAGAAGCAGGAAGCGAUAAGAAUGAACUUGGAGAUGUCCUUAAAGUGUGCGCGUGACUUUAUCAGAAGUACGGAAAGAAAUUUUGUAUCGAAAGCUACCACAAGUACGGAGCGUGAGAUACUGCCGGGAAUGGAUCUGCAGAUUACGACUAUGAAGGUUAAUGCUACAGAAAAUGAACCUCCUCCUCCUGUACCACCGCAUUCGAGGAAGAUAACACGAACUAUCCAUGACUGUUUGAAGGACCUAGUGUUCGACGCAUUCAAUGCUUGUGAGCUAUCGAAGGAGCAAAACAUAACUCCAGGCGGUUAUUCGGCCAGGCGAUUUUCGACUCAUGAAAUUUUCGUGGAUCUUGUGCUUCCUCCGUUCAUAUCGAUGAACAGUAUCAUCUAUUCAUUUUUAAACCAUCUCUUCGUUAAGAUGUAUGGGAAGCAAGUCAUUCCAGUAGUGAGAUCUCACCUCCUGCACAAAAUUGAUGCGUUCCCUCCAGGUCUCGCAGACAUUGUAGCUUCGGCUAUAAUUUCUGGUUACAAACUUGAUGAGCAACUGGAAAAUGAUGAAUUGCUCAUCUUAGAGCUCAGAACUUAUUUGCAGAAAAGACUUCAAGCCGAUUUUAAUGUAUACUGCGAUAACAUGAAGGCGGGAUACCUAAUGAAUUCGCUCCCUUGA